GGGGCGAUUAUAAGUGACGGACCAACAUGACGGCGAGACAAAAUGCAUAACAAGUGCAGAGAAGUUGAGUUUUUUCUUUUAAAUGACUGAAAUUUAAUAAGGGUUUCAACGCGUCAGUAUCAAUAAUUAUUCGAGACAGUUUUAUGGUAAUGUGUGACAGCUAACCGUGUGACUGUGUCGUUACCGUAGAGAUAGUUUGUUCGUACCCACUGUCACUCGUGUUGUUUAUUUCUUUAAGUAUUUAAAAUGUGGGGCGAAAUUGACCCUCCUGUUAAACCACAACCGAGUUUUUGUCACAAUGUUAAAAAGAUCGAAUCGUUAGAAGAUCCAGUUGAAAGUCCCAGACCCGCAGACACGCUGCCAGACUCUCCGGUGAGAUUGAACAUUUUCUUAACCGUUUUUUAUUUUAUUUUAUUAUUAUUAUUAUUAGUAUUAUUAUUAUUAUUUUACAUAGAAACGAUAAUGCUGCUUCAGUCAUGUUACCUUUUCUUGUUUGAACUCCACAGCUUGGUUGUCUGACUGAGUCCGUCUGUGUAAAUGCCAUGAUAGAGGCCGUAGCUCAGAGCAGGAGCCCCGUGAGGAGCCAGCAGAUCGGGGAGGCUGAGCUCAGUCUGCAGGAGCGCAGAGAGGAGCUGCUGCAGCAGUACCGGAGCAGACCUCUGGUGUUCCUGGAGAGGUACCAUGUAAGUGCACACAAUUCAUGGAUGUUGGAAGACUGCAAAAGAAACUGCAAAUGAGCAAUAAACAUGGACACACAUAAUCUAAGAAAUGAGAAUGCAUGUAAUGAACACUAUAAACUCAGGGCGCUCCCAGGCCAGGUGAGAGAUAUAAUCCCUCCACCUGGUCCUGGACCGGCCACGAGGUCUCCUCCUGCAUCCUAACCAGAUACCUGAGCCACUUCAGCUGACUCCUCUUGACGUGGAGGAGCAGCAGCUCUUCUCUGACUGCCUCCCGAGUGUCCGAGCUCCCUACCCUAUUUCUAAGGCUGAGCCCGGCCACCCUGCGAACGAAACCCAUUUCGGCCGCUUGUAUCUACGAUCUUGUUCUUUCGGUCAUUACCCACAGUUCAUGACCAUAGGUGAGGGUCGGCACGUAGAUCGACAGGUAAAUCGAGAGUCUCGCCUUACGGCUCAGCUCUUUCUUCACGACGACUGAUCGGAGGAGCGCAGAGAGCCUCCGCAUCACUGCUGAUGCCACUCUGAUCCGCCUGUCGACCUCCCGUUCCAUCCUACCCUCACUCGUGAACACGAUCCCGAGAUACUUGAACUCCUUCACUUGAGGCAAGACCGCCUCUCCGACCCGGAGAGGGCAAUCUACCUUUUUCCAACUGAGAACCAUGGCCUCGGACUUGGAGGUGCUGAUUCGCAUCCCAGCCACUUCACACUCGGCUGCGAAUCGCCCCAGCAAGAGCUGAAGGUCACUGCUCAACAAAGCUAGAAGAAGCUAUUUUUAUUUUAAGAUAUAUUUUUCAUUUGAAUGUGUACCUUACCUUAUUAAGGUACUCCUGUGGUUAUACAGUAUUUAUGUUUACAUUUUAUUGUUCUUUGAACAGCUGAGCAUAAUUUCAUCCAGCCUGUUUAAAGAGAACUACUUGUGACAUGACAUAUUUGGCUUUGACUGUGACUGAACGUUUGCUCUCACUUUGAGAAAACAAUAUCAGGAUAUAUAUCGUAUAUCGAUAUUCAGCCUAAAUAUAUCGGGACAUGACUUUUGGUCCAUAUCGCCCAGCCCUAUUAGGGAGUAUGAUUAUGAUAAGUUCUUUAGGUCCUUCCCUGGGGAGGAAGCAUCAAACACAAAGAUGCACAAUAUCUUCAACAAACUGGUGAAAAAGGCUGGCUCUGUGGUUGGACUCAAGCUGGACUCGGUGGAGAGAUCUACACUGAGGAAGAUGGAGUCUAUUCUAAAGAACAUGGAUCACCCACUUCACAACACCUUGAUGGACCAAAGGGCCAAUGGUGGUGGACGGCUCCUCUCUCUUCACUGAAGGACAGAAAGAUUCAGGAGAUCUUUUGUACCAACAGCCAUCAGACUAAAUAGUAGACAACUUUUAGAGACAUUUGAGACAACAGACAAUUGAAUUUUGCUUCAGGGAUUAAUAAAGUUCUUCUUAUUCCUAUUCUUAGUUGGUAUGUUAGAUUCAGGAGGAAAGUUGUGCAAACAGGUGAUGUGCAAAACAUGAAAAAAAAGCACAUACACACAUCCCGUAAUGCUGGAGAUUUUGGAGCAUGACUGAUAAUUACUGAUAAUUACAAAAGCGAUAUCAAACUCAGGACGGAUAUGUUGUCAUUUACGAUGAGAAAAACAAGUUAUGCAGGAAGGAUGCUAACAAUUUAUCUCCCCCCCCCAAUCUUGUAGGCCUGCCUCAAGCCCCAGAACCUGCAGGCAUUUACCCACGUCAGCUCAGACCCCAGAGCUCAGCACUACAGCAAAGUGAUCCAGAGAAGAGCUGCGGCAUGCACCAACAGGACCAGGGUCAGGAACCAGCGCUAUGGUGCUCUUAGAGCUCUGCAGAGAGGUUUGGCCAUUUUCAAAACAAAUAAUGUAUUAUUUGAAAAAAGUUAAACAAAUUUGAUGGCAAAUUAACUGGGUUAAGAAAACUUUCGGGCCCAUUCUGGACCCAUUCCUGCAUCUUUACAUCAGUUUUAGUUCUGUUGUUUUACGUGUAUUAGAAGUUCUUGAAUAGUUUGUAAGACUUGUGUUCUGUUUUUCUCCUCGCCCUGUCUUGUAGAGGGUCAGUACUUCAGUGAGGAGCAGAUGCGGAUCAGGGAGCCGCUGCUGUACGAACAAUACAUUGGACAGUACCUGACUGAUGAGGAGGUAAGUGCAUGAAAGGAGCAAACAUAUCGAGAAAUAGGGAAACAAUCCAAAAGGUCAAUUUUUCAGAUGGGAUCAUAAUCAUGUGAGCUUUUUGAUUUUUUUUUUUUUUUUGAAUUAUUAAACAAGCAUUUAAAUUAUCAACAUCCCCGAAACAGUUUCGACUCUGUGUAUUUGCUCUCCAUGUUUGUGCUGCCAAAGUCCAGACACUGACAUUGUCUUAUAUCUUUUUGGUAAUGUUUUUAACACAAUGUUUAUAAGAAAAAAAUCUGAGGACUAAAUUAAGAUUUGAAUAUUGUUGGUAUCCAAAUUGGUUUAAAAACGUCAAGAAAAAAAAUCAAAUCAUCUCUUAAAGGGUAAGACUUGAUACGGUCAUUGGAGGGCUGAAUUCUAAAGAGUGAUGCACAAGCAUUUUGAUAAGACAGCUGUUAAUAUGUAGCUGUUAAUCGAGUCUUCAGUUCUCUUCAGAGCUUUUCUGGAAGUAGUCACAGACCUGCUGUGUUAUGUAGAGUCCAGAUAGUGGCGCUUAUUGUAGUUGGGAAGAGAGAGGAGAGAGGAAAAGGAAGUGAUAACAUGAGAGCAGCCUUCAUGUGAGUUGUCUUCACUGCCAGACACACCCCCUCUUGAAUAUCACUCACUGAUUGAAACACACAUCCAUGACUAAACAGCCAGUCUGUGAUAAGCUCGAAUAAAGUCUCAAUCUCUUUAGAUCCUCUCAACUCUCUACACAUCUCAGGUGGGAGGAACCAAGAUGAAAAGAAAGACAUAGCCAGACACUUCUCUCACAACAUAAAUGAUGUCAAAUGGAAACCUACUCUGGUGGUUUCAGGUGCUCGAGCGCUCCCAGGAGGCCAUGCAGGACGAUGCACAGGGAACACCAGCAGGGGGCGCAGGAGGCCUUGCUCAUCUCCUCCUCAACUCCUACCAGGAGCGCCUCAUCCAGAACCGGCUGCAGGAGGAGCAGGAGAGAGAGGAGGGAGCACAGGAGGAGGAAGAGGAGGAUGAAGAAAAUGAAGGUGAGUGCAGUAAAAUAAUUUUAUGUUUCCUUCAACGCUUCCCCUUUUUGGGUUUUUCUAUGUAUUGCUAACUAUCUCCCACAGACCCUUCCCUUCAGCAGAAAAGAUGGGAGCCAAGUCCGGAGGAGAAGGCUCUGCUCAGGGAGGAGUUCAUCAGUCAGAUGCAUCAGCGCUUCCUGGACGGCAGAGACAAGGACUUCAACUACAGGUAAGGUUUAGUCUAAUUUAAGCUCAUUCAGACACGGUUGAACUCUGUACUGAUCAUCUGCACUAAGCUUUAAAUGCUGACGGUUAAGUUCCUCUCAGUAACGCUACAAUAUAUAGAGAGAAUCCUUGGAACAUCCUUAAGUAGUUAUAAAAUUUAAAUAAAUAGUCAAAUCAGUAAGAGAUCUGACAUACUUUUGCGGUUUUUAAAGUUAUCGUAUGUGUCUAUUACAGCGAAGUGGAUGAGAACCCGGACUACGACAACUUGGACAUAGUAAGCAGGGAUGCAGAGGAUAAAUACUUUGAUGAAGAUGAUGAAGAGGAUGAUGAAGAAGAGGAAAACGACACAAGAGAAGUAAACAUGACAGAGUAGAGGCUAUGGACGUAAGGAUUACUGUUCAACACUGACUGCUGUCUUUGAGCUGUAAAUACAACUGUACAAAAAGUGCUGUGUGUUAAAUGUUUUCAUAUGUCACAUAAAUGCAAACAUGGAAAUAAAUGUCUGAGGUAUUUUUUUUUUUAAAUUA